AUGGAGGUUGAAGGUAGGGCACAAGAGCAAGGGGCCGCAGGGGUGAGUGAAGCGGUGCAAAGCGGUGAAGUGGGGUUGGCGGGCGAGGCAGGUGGGGGAGCGGCAGGAGAAGGGGCAGAGGAGAAGGAAACGCAGGGAGACCAGGGUGCAGGUGUGGAGGGGGAGGGUGCGCCAGUGGGAGCAGCAGGGGUGGGGGACAUGCAGGGGCACGAAGUAGCAGCAGCAACAGAAGGGGAAGGAGCAGGAGGUGAAGGGGCUGGUGAGUCUGCUGCCCUCUUGCCUGGGGAAGGGCCAAACGGAGAAGGGGCGCCAGGGGAAGGGGCAGGUGGUGAUAGCACAGGGGCAGAAGUGGAAAGGGAGGGGGAAGGGGUGGGCGCAGGGGAUACAGGCGGGGCAGCAGAGACAGGCGGGGGAGCAGAGGCAGGGGCGGGAGCAGAAGUUUCUGAGAUUCAUGUGGAGGGUUUGGGGGAGGAAGAGGAUGGGGGGGAGCAUGCAAUGGGGGAUGGGGAGGAGGGAGAUGAGGCCAUGGGGGAGGGGGCGGACGGGGAGGGGGAGGAGGGCGGGCAUGAGGAGUAUGACGGGGAAGGGGGUAUGUUUGAGGGGGAGGGGGAAGGGGAGGCGGGAGGGGAAGGGGGAGGGGAGGGGGGAGGGGAAGGGGGAGGGGAGGGGGGAGGGGAAGGGGGAGGGGAAGGGGGAGGGGGAGAUGAGCAUGAGAUGGCGGAUGUGGGGGAGGAGGGGGGGAUGGAAGUGGAGGGCGGGGAGGAGGGGGAGGGUAAAGCAGGGGAGGGGCUGCAGCAGCAGGAAGAGGGUGGAGCAGGGGGGGAGUCUGGUGGUGCUGCUGCUGGAGGUGCUGGGGUAGCAGUAGCAGAGGCAGGUGCAGGGGAGCCAGCACCUGAAAGGACUCCUGAAGACACGCCUGGGGAUGCCUCUGCUGCAGUGCCUGCUGCUCCCGCUUCCACUGGAGCUGCUACAACGGCCACUGCUGAUUCUACCGCUGAUGCUGCCGCUGGUGCUGCUGGUACUACUGGUACUGCCGGUACUGCUGGGGCAGUGGAGGGAGCAGCAACACAGCAGCCGGGUACAGGAGUGAGCACAGCAGGAGCAGCAGCUACAGCGGGAACAGGCACAGCAGAGACAGCAGCAGCAGCAGGAAUGGCUUCCCGACCCAGGAGGUCCACAGCAGGGCUGAGAGGCAGGGCGGCAGCAGUGGCGGCAGCAACGGCAGGGCGAGGUGGGGGGCGGGGGGAGGCGGGAGAGGGGGGUGGUGCAGGGGAAGGGGAGGCGGCUCAGCGCGCUGCCGCCAGGCAGGCCCGAUUCGGUGCCGCCACGUCUCCCCGCCGCGGCCGAGGGCCGGGGCACACGAGUGAUCAGCCUGGUGCAGACAGGUGGAAGGGGAACGUCCAGCCCACGUGGCCGUGGGAGAGGCAGGGGGGCUGCAG